AUGGAAAGUGUUCUGUGUGAGAAACCUGACUCCACCCGAGCCAGCUGCGUGUCCCUGAAGAGUGAUAAAUCCAUAGGUCAUCCUCUUACCUUCAGAAAUGGACACCACCCAUUUGAUCAAAGGCUUUUGCAGAAGAAACCAGCCCCUCCUGCACCCAGCUGUGUCUCCAUGAAGAGUGACCAGUCUGUAGGUCACCCACUCAACUUCAGAGACAGAGGCAACAGAGAGAGGUCAGAGAUGCCACAACGUCGGCCUCCCCCGGAGCGUCACACACACCUGGACACCAUAUUCAAGGUCUCCUCCGUUCCUCUGUUCCAGCUGCUGGAGGAGAACAUAGUGACUUUUGUGAAGAAGGAGCUGAAGGAGAUCCAGAAGGUUCUGGGUCCAGAUGAGAGUCAGAGGGAGGAUGAGGAGGUGUUGGACGGUGAGGAUGAAGAGCAGAGGAGGAGCAGCAGAGAGGCUUUGGUGAAGAUCACAGUGAACUUCCUGAGGAGAAUGAAGCAGGAGGAGCUGGCUGACUGUCUGCACAGCAGACACGUUGCUCCAAUUUGUCAACAUAAACUCAAAUCUACUCUGAAGAAGAAGUUCCAGUGUGUGUUUGAGGGGAUCUCUAAAGCAGGACAGCCAACCCUCCUGAAUCAGAUCUACACAGAGCUCUACAUCACAGAGGGAGGGACUGGAGAGGUCAAUGAUGAACAUGAGGUCAGACAGAUUCAAACAGCAUCCAGGAAACCAGCCAGAGCAGAAACUACCAUCAGACAAGAAGACAUCUUUAAAGCCUCACCUGGACGAGACGGACCAAUCAGAAGAGUGAUGACAAAGGGAGUGGCUGGCAUUGGGAAAACAGUCUUAACACAGAAGUUGACUCUGGACUGGGCUGAAGACAAAGCCAACCAGGACAUACACUUCACAUUUCCAUUCACGUUCAGAGAGCUGAAUGUGCUGAAAGAGAAAAAGUUCAGCUUGGUGGAACUUGUUCAUCACUUCUUUCCUGAAACCAAAGAAGCAGGACUCUGCAGGUUUGAAGACGUCCAGGUUCUGUUCAUCUUUGACGGUCUGGAUGAGUGUCGACCUCCUCUGGACUUCCACAACACUGAGGUCCUGACUGAUGUUACAGAGUCCACCUCAGUGGAUGUGCUGCUGACAAACCUCAUCAGAGGGAAACUGCUUCCCUCCGCUCGCCUCUGGAUAACCACACGACCUACAGCAGCCAAUCAGAUCCCUCCUGAGUGUGUUGACAUGGUGACAGAGGUCAGAGGGUUCACUGACCCACAGAAGGAGGACUACUUCAGGAAGAGGUUCAGAGAUGAGGAGCAGGCCAGAAGGAUCAUCUCCCACAUCAAGACUUCACGAAGCCUCCACAUCAUGUGCCACAUCCCGGUCUUCUGCUGGAUCACUGCUACAGUUCUGGAGGAUGUGUUGGAAAGCAGAGAGGUAGGAGGGCUGCCCCAGACCCUGACUGAGAUGUACAUCCACUUCCUGGUAGUUCAGUCCAAACUGAAGACAGUCAAGUAUGAUGGAGGAGCUGAGACAGAUCCACAGUGGAGUCCAGAGACCAGGAAGAUGAUGGAGUCUCUGGGAAAACUGGCUUUUGAGCAGCUGCAGAAAGGAAACCUGAUCUUCUAUGAAUCAGACCUGACAGAGUGUGGCAUCGAUAUCAGAGCAGCCUCAGUUUACUCAGGAGUGUUCACACAGGUCUUUAAGGAGGAGAGAGGACUGUACCAGGACAGGGUGUUCUGCUUCGUCCAUCUGAGUGUUCAGGAGUUUCUGGCUGCUCUUCAUGUCCAUCUGACCUUCAUCAGCUCUGGAGUCAAUCUGCUGUCAAAAAAGAAAACAACCUCCCAAAGAUUCGCAAUGAUAACAGGUAAAUCUGCAGCCUUCUACCAGAGGGCUGUGGACAAGGCCUUACAGAGUCCAAAUGGACACCUGGACCUGUUCCUCCGCUUCCUCCUGGGUCUUUCACUGCAGACCAAUCAGAGUCUCCUACGAGGUCUGCUGACACAGACAGGAAGUGUCUCACAGUCCAAUCAGGAAACAGUCCAGUACAUCAAGAAGAAGAUUGAAGAGACUCCCUCUGCAGAGCAAAGCAUCAACCUGUUCCACUGUCUGAAUGAACUGAAUGAUCGUUCUCUGGUGGAGCAGAUCCAACAGUCCCUGAGUUCAGGACGUCUGUCCACAGAUGAACUGUCUCCUGCUCAGUGGUCCGCUCUGGUCUUCAUCUUACUGUCAUCAGAAAAAGAUCUGGACGUGUUUGAGCUGAAGAAAUACUCUGCUUCAGAGGAGGCUCUUCUGAGGCUGCUGCCAGUGGUCAAAGCCUCUAACAAAGCUCUACUGAGCAGCUGUAACCUCUCAGAGAGAAGCUGUGAGGCUCUGUCCUCAGUUCUCAGCUCCCAGUCCUGUAGUCUGAGACAGCUGGACCUGAGUGACAACGACCUGCAGGAUUCAGGGGUGAAGCUUCUGUCUGCUGGACUGAAGAGUCCACACUGUACCCUGGAGACUCUCAGGCUGUCAGGCUGUCUGAUCACAGAGGAAGGCUGUGCUUCUCUGGGCUCAGCUCUGAGCUCCAACCCCUCCCAUCUGAGAGAGCUGGACCUGAGCUACAAUCAUCCAGGAGACUCAGGAGGGAAGCUACUGGCUGCUGGACUGGAGGAUCCACACUGGAGCCUGGACACCCUCAGAGUGGACCAUGGUGGAACCAGGAUGUUGACACCAGGGCUGAGGAAGUACGCCUGUGAACUCACACUCGACCCAAACACAGCACACAGAUCCCUCAGACUCUCGGACGGGAACAGGAAGGUGGCAGCAGUGAGAGAACAGCAGCUCUACCCCGAUCAUCCAGAGAGGUUUGACGGCUGCCUUCAGCUGCUGUGCUCGGAUGCUGUGGGCGGGCGCUGUUACUGGGAGGUUGAAUGGAAGGGAAUCGUUUGUAUAGGAGUGACCUACAAAGCCAUCAGCAGGAAAGGAGACGGGGCUGACUGCCUACUUGGAGGGAAUGAUCGGUCCUGGAGUCUGUUGUGUUCUGGGAGGACUUACUCUGUUCAUCACAACUCCAGAAGAAGAGACAUAUGUUCCCCGUCCUCCAUCUCUCACAGAGUAGCAGUGUAUGUGGACUGUCCUGCUGGCUCUCUGUCCUUCUACAGCGUCUCCUCGGACUCACUGAUCCACCUCCACACCUUCAGCACCACAUUCACUGAACCAAUCUACCCUGCAUUUAGGGUCGGGCUUCAGUUCAGCUCUUUUGGUUCUUCAGUCAGAGUGUGUGAGCUGCAGGAGGGACAGUCGUCUUCUGUCUAA